UUUCUCUCAAUGUUCGCCUUCUUCCACCUUUAUUUUUUAUAGGUUUCGUACACUUAGAAACGCAAAUCAAAUUACCUUUCAUACUACAAACCAAAAAGCUACACUUCUACCAUUUACGAAUUUUGAUAUACUGCAUUGUAUUUUCUCUUUUUAAAUUGAACUUCUAUUUAGUUGUAGUUAGACUGAAAGUUUUCCAUUUGUCGAGUUACAUAUUAUGAGCGCUGAACCUGUGGUUUUUUUUGAUAUUGCGAUUGGCGGUAAUUAUGUUGGAAGAAUCAAAAUUAGAUUGUUUUCAAAUACCGUACCCAAGACCGCGGAGAAUUUCAGACAAUUUUGUACUGGAGAAGCAAAAGGACCAAAUCGAAAUCCAAUCGGUUACAAAAAUGCAAGUUUUCAUAGAAUUAUCCCGGAUUUCAUGAUCCAAGGAGGUGACUUUGUUAGUGGUGAUGGUACCGGCAGCACUAGCAUUUAUGGUACUCGGACUUUCCCUGAUGAAAACUUCCUUUUAAAGCACGAAAAGCCUGGUCUACUAAGUAUGGCUAAUGCUGGAAAAGACUCAAAUGGGUGUCAGUUUUUUAUUACCACUGUCCCAUGUGACUUUUUGGACGGAAAGCACGUUGUUUUUGGUGAAGUGAUCGAAGGAUUUGACGUUGUAAAGCAAAUCGAAUCAACACCGGUUGGAACUAGCUCCCGCCCAAAGCUGAAUGUGGUUAUUAUGGAGUGUGGUGAAAUGUAAUUUCUAUUGCAAAUAUGCAAAAUUAAAAAAAAUCAUUUCAAAGCUUCUAUGGAUUCAUUUAUGCAUAGAUUUUUGUUUUCGAAAAUUAAUUAGACAUUCUUCUUC